AUGAAAACUCACUUGACCCGUAAAGAUAUUCCCCCAUGGCUGAAAGUUCCUGAAGACCUGGAAGAUCCAGAAGUAUUACAAGUCAACACGCAGGUGCUAAACUCUCUGUUCGGCCCAGAGAGAUCUCGAAUGCCUCACAUCGAGCAGGUGAGCCAGGCCAUGUUUGAGCUGAAGACUCUGGAAUCUUCUGAAUCUACCGAGAUCUUAGUUUAUGGCUCUGACAACAACAAGCUUCGGGCUAAAUGGAUGCUUCAGUCCAUGGCUGAGAGAUGCCGCCUGCGCCAGGAAAGAGACAUGCGCAAGCUGGAGGAAUCCAUGAAGGUCCUGGAAGUAGGCGAGGAGUAA